AUGCGACUGAAACGGCGGAUUGCUGCCUUGGUGCUUUGUUUAUUCUUCAUCAUUGGUUUGCUUUCUAUUGAUAUCCCCGCAAAUCUCAAUAAAUUACAAGUGCUUUUAAGUCCAGAAAAAUUUGACCAUGAAACAUUUAGACUACAGAGUUUAAAAGUUAAAAACGAAUUACAUUACAGCCGGUACUUGUAUGGUGGCUAUGAGAAUUUCACCAAAGCAUUUCAGAAUGAUAUUAGCAAGAUCAAAUCAGCUCCAUUGCGCGAGAAAUGCCAGAUAUAUUUCAAUCAAUUCAAUGAGAAACGACCGGAUUGGAAGUUUACUGUUUACAACAAUCCAGAGUACCGGUUUGACAAAUCGUCAGAUAAGAUGAAAUCGUUUGUCAAGGAGCGGAUUUCGAGGUUGAGAGAUGAUUUUGCAAAGAUCACCAAAAAAAGCCGGGACGAGUUCAUACUUAGUCGAGAGAAUGAGUUGCAAAUAUUGAAGGAAUACAAGAAAAGUGUUAAAGUGUCAAAGGAAAUUUUGCAAGAGAUGGCUGAUGUUAUUACCACGUUUAGAAUAUAUGGCAAGUGCUUUCUUGGUGAGCAACUAAACAGUGAUGAAAAUUUGCAACUGAUGUAUGACCAGUUGACGAAAAAGUUGUUUCCGUUUUUAACUGGAAAAUUGCCAAUUUUCAAACAAACUGGUGAGCCUGCACAAGAGGGCGGUAGUGUUACACACGACUGGCCCGUAGUUGACACACAGGGCAAUAUUGAAUAUGUAUCAGAUCUCAAUGGCCAAAAUAUUAUUGAUUUCAUAUUUCGCAAGUCCAAAGGUAGAGGUAUUGUUAUUUCGGCAACUACUAGACAUGCAAGAGAUCUUAUUCGCUUGAUCAAACUACUUCGGGCCUUGAAUAACAAGUUGCCGAUUCAGAUUAUGUACAAAGGGGAUAUUACACGUAAAAAUAUUGAGCUUAUUGAGAUUGCCGCCACAGCUGAUGUUGAAAGCAUACUUGAUCCCGAAUUGACCUCUGAGCAUCAGCUGUUUAUGCCAGAUCUUGAAUUAUUGAAACAGUACAAGGAGUUUGGUUCCGAGUUUCCUAAACAACAAUUGGAAUUUGUCAACAUUGUUGGAUGUAUCAACAGAUCCUACAAAUACUCAUUUCCGGGCUAUUCUAACAAAAUCUUAGCAAUGUUGUUCUCAACUUUUGAAGAGAUUAUACUUUUAGACGCGGAUACAGUACCCUUGGUAAACCCUGAGGAAUUUUUCAUUUCAGAAGAGUACCAAAAAUCUGGAACAUAUUUUUUCCAGGACAGGUCGUUGCGUGACACAAAUGAUUUUAUAGAGACUAAUUUUUUUGCAACUUUGUUUCCCACUAAUGAGCAUUCUAUAGAUGCCUUUUUUGGCAUUCCAAGGACCACAGAGAAAACUUUAAACAACAAGUACAUGACCGGAUGGAGACAUUAUCAAGAAGCUGGAGUAGUUGCGUUCAACAAGAGGCAGCAUUUUAUGGGACUAUUAAUGAUGUGCCCAUUAUCGCUAUGGACUGAACCGUGCCAAUCGUCCAUUUGGGGCGAUAAAGAAUUGUAUUGGAUUGGUUUAUCGGCAGCAGGGGAUGAAAACUACGAGUUCAACCCUGUGCAGGCAGCAUCAGUAGGUGAGAAAACUGCUCAUUCCGACCGAAAGUUUUAUCCCAACUCUAAAAGCAACGAAGUUUGCUCAACCCAUCCUGGGCAUGUGAAUAGGGAUGGAAAGCUUCUUUGGAUCAACUCUGGUUUUGGUUAUUGCAAGAAAAAUGGUUAUUAUCGAGAUCGAACAAAGUACCCCUAUACUGCAUUCGAAACUUCUGAAUUGGUUAAUUUAUUCAACAAUCCGCUUCGAAUUAAAGCUGCAUUGGUUCCUCCGGACUUGCCUAAAUAUCGUGAGCCUGGAAACCCAAUAGAAGACAACCCAGAAAUUGAGUUUAAGCAGUCGUGGAAGAAAAGGAAGAAGGAUGUCGAUGAGAUUAAUGAAAACCUUGCAAAAGAUACCGAGCGAACCGAGUUUAUUCAAGAUUGGGGCCCACAGAAAGGUUGGGUCAAGAGUUCUAUUUGUUUUGGAUACUACUAUUGUGCUUACGAUCAAGUCGCCAGCUAUCGAGAUGAAAACGAAUUUGAUCGCGGCAAAAUCUACGAGUUUAAUGAAGAAGAAACAAAGAAAUUUGAUUAUUUAAGCAAAGUGUGGAUCACCGGUGGUCUGAGAAAUAAACCAAAACUGAAAGAGGAGGUUAUGGCUUCAGCGGCAAAAGUAGAGGAAGCUAAAGGACAAAUAAAUCAGGAACAAGCUGCUGGUUAG